CGCCGGAAGGACGGAGACUGGUAGUGUUUAUCUCGUUGGCGACCGAAGUGUCGGUUGGCUCGCAACGGGUUCUAGGCUGUAGGCAGCGCGAAGACCCGCGGCCCCGCCCCGGCCCGGCCUGGCAGGUAGCAGAGGCAGCAGGCCGUGCCGGGGGGGCAUGUUGCUGUAACCAGUGGCCCAGGGGAUGUUACGGUGGACAGUGCACCUGGAGGGCGGGCCCCGCAGGGUGAACCAUGCUGCAGUGGCUGUUGGGCACCGGGUAUACUCCUUCGGGGGUUACUGCUCUGGUGAAGACUAUGAGACACUGCGCCAGAUAGAUGUGCAUAUUUUCAAUGCAGUGUCCUUGCGUUGGACAAAGCUGCCCCCAGUGAGGCCUGCCAUUCGUGGGCAGACUCCUUUGGUACCCUACAUGCGGUAUGGACACUCAACCGUCCUCAUCGACGACACAGUCUUCCUUUGGGGCGGGCGGAAUGACACCGAAGGGGCCUGCAAUGUGCUCUAUGCCUUUGAUGUCAAUACUCACAAGUGGUCCACACCCCGAGUGUCAGGAACAGUUCCUGGGGCCCGGGAUGGACAUUCGGCUUGUGUCCUGGGCAAGAUCAUGUACAUUUUUGGGGGCUACGAGCAACUGGCAGACUGCUUUUCCAAUGACAUUCACAAGCUGGAUACCAGCACCAUGACAUGGACCCUUAUCUGUACGAAGGGCAAUCCAGCACGCUGGAGGGACUUCCACUCAGCCACAAUGCUGGGCAGUCACAUGUAUGUCUUUGGGGGCCGUGCUGACCGCUUUGGGCCAUUCCAUUCUAACAAUGAGAUUUACUGCAACCGCAUUCGCGUCUUUGACACCAGAACUGAGGCCUGGCUGGACUGUCCUCCCACUCCAGUGCUGCCCGAGGGGCGCCGAAGCCACUCAGCCUUUGGUUACAAUGGGGAACUGUACAUCUUUGGUGGCUAUAAUGCAAGGCUGAACCGGCACUUCCAUGACCUCUGGAAGUUUAACCCUGUGUCCUUUACCUGGAAAAAGAUUGAACCGAAGGGGAAGGGGCCAUGUCCCCGCCGGCGCCAGUGCUGCUGUAUUGUUGGUGACAAGAUUGUCCUCUUUGGGGGUACCAGUCCAUCUCCUGAGGAAGGCCUGGGAGAUGAAUUUGACCUCAUAGAUCAUUCUGAUUUACACAUUUUGGACUUUAACACAUCUAACAUGUCAUUUGAGGAGCUGUUGGAAUUGCAGAGCCAAGUGGGGAUUAAGACAUACAAACAAUUGGUAGCUGGAAACAGCAAUAAGAAGCAAGAUUCUAGACCACCAGUCCAAAAUGCAUGUGUUGCAGAUAAGCACAGGCCUCUGGAAAUGUCAGCCAAGGCCCGAGUGCCAUUUUUACGUCAGGUCGUCCCCAUCAGUAAAAAGGUGGCCCGGGACCCCCGCUUUGAUGAUCUGUCAGGGGAAUAUAAUCCUGAAGUGUUUGACAAAACGUAUCAAUUCUUGAAUGACAUCCGAGCCAAAGAGAAGGAGCUUGUGAAAAAACAGUUGAAGAAGCACCGUUCAGGGGAGGAGCAUGAGAAACUGCAGCAGCUGCUUCAGCGAAUGGAGCAGCAAGAAAUGGCACAGCAAGAAAGAAAGCGGCAGCAGGAGCUGCGCCUGGCCCUGAAGCAGGAGCGGCGGGCUCAGGCCCAGCAGGGCCAUCGGCCAUACUUCUUGAAGAAAUCUGAGCAGCGCCAGUUGGCCCUAGCUGAGAAGUUCAAGGAGCUGAAACGCAGCAAGAAGCUAGAGAGCUUCUUGAGUCGAAAGAGGCGCCGAAAUGCAGGCAAGGACAGGAGACAUCUUCCUUUGAGCAAAGAGUAAUAAGGAACUGUCCUCUGUUCUGCCACCGCCCCAGGGAGACAUGGAUCUGUGGAAAUAGAAUUGGGCUUGGCCCGUUCUCCUGGUUCUUUCUUGUUCAAGGGCAAGGAUCACAGUUGCCUUUGAACUAUGUUGGCUCAGAGAAGACUAGAGGGCUCUUGGCUGGACAGAAGGAGCAGCUCAGCUUUCUGCCGUGCCACAUUGCCUCUGCUUGGAUAUGGUUCAUCAUGUCCUCAUUUUCUUUACCCAUCUUGCGUUAAACGGAUGAUUCUGAUACAGAAGAAAAGGGGCCAGUGAAGGCCAUAGAGUCCGUUCAUGGCUCCCAGGGCUGGGACUUUAUGUAGGAGGCACUUCAUAAACAUUCUUUAUACUCA